AUGCUCAACGCUCUCGCUGGGCCGUCGCGCUCCGUGGCUGCUGCUACUGCAGCAGCUGCCGCUCGCGGCAUCGUCGCCACCGUCCCGCUCACCAGGUCGCUGCACGCCUCGGCCUGCGUGUCUGUCAAGCGGCCCCAGAAGCCUUGGGAAGUGUUCGUCCCGCCCGGCCGCGCAGUUGGAACGGGAUCGGGCGAGCGUUUCGUCGACAAGCGCCGUGUGGAAACGCUCAAGAUCCUGUACAAGACCGCCGAGCCCAACGCUGGAUCUGCAGAGAAGCACUCCAAGGGCAACUUCGGUCUCGCCGCUUCGCGGAAGGAGGCCUACAUCCACAAGAGCGCCGGCUCGUUCAGGCGCUUGGCCGCAGACUUUCAGCGUGGAGGAGCGCCGCCCGAGCCCAAGGUGCGCAAGCCGCGCAAGCAGAGAGGCAUCAAGGUCCGCCCCCAUGCUGCUGUUUACGUCCCGCGCCCCGAGCCGCUACCUGGCACCAUCAAGCCUGCGAGCUUUGACCGACAAGAAGGUCAGCCGUACGAGAAGCCCUACAAGCAGCACGAGGACACGACUUUCCGCUCCGCGGCACUCCCUCCACCCAAACGUCGAUGGGAACCGACCAAGAAACUCACGUUCGCGGCCAUGGCGGGUCUGCGCGAGCUGCAUACCCAGGACCCCGCGAUGUGGACGCGAGACAAGCUCAGUCACCAGUUUGGAAUCAGCUACGAGGCCGUGACGAGGAUUCUUCGCUCGAAGUUCCGCGCUCGAGAGGAAGCCGCGACAAUGGGCAGCGUCAGCCGCGCAGGGGUGGAGGCUUCGGACUCCGACCCCGCGACUAGCCUUGAUCUCGGCAAAUGGGACCGCCGUGCGAGUUGA